GUCCAUUUUGUUCGUGAACGAGGUUGCGGCGGCAGUUAGCUUCCUACGGUUCACUGGCAGUUAGCUUCUUACCGUUCGUUCGUCCGUCGUAUCGACGGCGUUUUCACUUUUUCGUGGGUAAAAUGUGGCAGUUAUAAUGAAGUUUACGCUAUGCAGGUGUUCGUCGUCAGCGAAAUCGGCAAACGCAAAAUGAAUGACGUAAAAUCGGGACGUAGAAAUGGGAACGUUAUAGCGGUGAAAACGUUGUCAACGGGAUACACUUUCACCGCCAUUUACACUUUCGAGUCAGUAAUAAAGAUAUUCGCUCGAGGAUUCUGCAUAGUUCCUUUCACCUUUUUGAGGGACCCAUGGAAUUGGCUGGACUUCAGUGUCAUUGUUAUGGCAUAUGUGACAGAAUUUAUAGACCUUGGAAACGUCUCGGCACUUAGAACCUUCAGAGUGCUCAGAGCCCUGAAAACCAUCUCAGUUAUACCCGGUCUGAAGACCAUUGUAGGAGCUCUGAUCCAGUCUGUGAAGAAGCUAGCAGAUGUCAUGAUCUUGACCGUCUUUUGCCUCAGCGUGUUUGCACUGAUUGGCCUGCAGCUCUUCAUGGGGCUUUUGCGACAAAAGUGCAUUCGCAGCCUCACGCACUGCGUCGACUCCUCCUAUAGUCCGAAUAUGUCAUUCACCUGCAACAACAGAAGCUGGAACUCCAUGGAUGAUUUUCUAACCAGUGAAGAUAAUUUUUACAAAGUUGAAGGAGCAAAGGAUGCUUUAAUAUGUGGAUAUGGCAGUGAUGCAGGGAAGUGUCCGGAAGGAUUCGACUGCCUGAAGAUUGGAAGAAAUCCAAACUAUGGCUACACCAGCUUUGAUACUUUUGGCUGGGCUUUUCUGGCACUUUUCCGUCUCAUGACCCAAGACUACUGGGAAAAACUAUUUCACCAGACUCUGCGCUCAGCUGGAAAGACCUACAUGGUGUUCUUUGUGCUGGUUAUCUUCCUGGGCUCUUUCUACUUGGUAAAUUUGAUCCUGGCUGUUGUCGCCAUGGCCUAUGAGGAGCAGAAUCAGGCCACCAUUGCCGAGGCCUGGCAGAAGGAGAGGGAGUUUCAAAUGGCCAUGGAGCACCUCCGUCGGGAGCAAAGACUGGCAGCAAAAAGGCAAGCGCAGGAGACGGACUCCAUCUUAUCGCCCGAGUUGUCUCCGUUCUGUACAAAGAUAGGAAGUAUGAGGCGAUGCAGCACUAAGCGAAGACGAUCUCACAGGACGUUAUCAGAAGAAACGGCAGUGGAAGCCGAAGAAAAGCUUGACCCUCUAGACGAGCCAAAGCCUCCUUUGUCUCCCCUGCCAGCCCACCCGCUUCUGGCCACGCUCUCCUCUCACCCGCUCAGCACCAGAAGAGGAAGCCAGAUCAGCAUCUUCAGCUCAUUUCGGGUGCGCAACAACUCGGAGGCUGACUUCGGGGAUGAUGAGUACAGCAUCCACGGGGAUGCUUUCCGAAGCCGCGCCAGUUCAACCGCAACACACUGGAAGAGGAGAGCGGGCAGUGUGAGGAGCCACUGCUCCCAAGUCUUCACCCCAAGUCUCACAGUAAACGGACGGCUCAACGUGUCAUUAGACCACAACGGCGUCACAGCAGCGGGGGCUCACACCCUCAGCUCCCUCCCUGCUUACAGCAUGGAGGGGAUCAAGGAGGACACAAAGCCCACCAAUGAAGGGGGUAUUGUCCAAAGGCCUCUCCUUCAGCCGUCCCCUACAGUGACGGAGCGUCCUCCCGUGCACAGAAAAAGAGGACUGAGCUCCGUCAGCUUUUUCAGCGAUGCCAUGGAUGAGCUGGAGGAGUCCCGACAAAAGUGCAACCCCUGUUGGUACACCUUUGCCAAGAAGUACCUGAUAUGGGACUGCUGCAACUGGUGGCUGAAACUGAAGGAGUGGGUGAAGUUGAUGGUGAUGGAUCCUUUCCUUGACCUUGGCAUCACCAUAUGUAUUGUGUUGAACACCCUCUUCAUGGCCCUGGAACACUACCCCAUGACUGAAGAGUUCAACACCAUGCUCUCAGUGGGAAAUUUGGUGUUCACCGGGAUCUUCACUGCGGAGAUGGUCCUGAAGCUGAUCGCCCUGGACCCGUAUUAUUACUUCCAACAGGGCUGGAACAUUUUUGAUGGCAUUAUUGUUUGCCUUAGUCUGAUGGAGCUGGGGCUUUCCAAUGUUGAGGGGCUAUCUGUUCUUCGCUCCUUCAGACUGUUGCGCGUCUUCAAACUGGCAAAGUCUUGGCCCACCCUCAAUACUCUAAUAAAAAUCAUUGGCAACUCAGUCGGCGCUCUGGGAAACCUGACGCUGGUGUUGGCCAUCAUCGUCUUCAUCUUUGCUGUAGUGGGCAUGCAGCUGUUUGGCAAGAACUACCAGGACUGUGUGUGCAAGAUCUCUCAUGACUGUCAGCUUCCUCGCUGGCACAUGAAGGACUUCUUUCACUCCUUCCUGAUUGUGUUCAGGGUGCUGUGUGGCGAGUGGAUUGAGACCAUGUGGGAUUGUAUGCAAGUAGCUGGGCAACCUCUCUGCAUCCUGGUUUUCAUGCUGGUCAUGGUCAUUGGGAACUUAGUGGUACUGAAUCUCUUCCUCGCCUUGCUGCUCAGCUCUUUCAGCUCUGACAACCUCUCCGCUCCGGAUGAGGACGGUGAUUUGAAUAACAUCCAGAUUGCCAUCGCUCGCAUCCACUCUGGUCUCUCUUGGCUUGCCACAAGCAUCGUCCGCCUCUUCAACCGCACUUCCAAAUGCGGACGCAAGAAAGCCAAAGAGAACUGUCAGGCCACGGCGCUGGUUUCCAAUCACCUGGAAAGCAACGGCGGAGUUUAUGGACGCUAUGGAGAGAAAUACGUCAUACCGGAGGAGGACACCUAUAUGACUAACCCAAACCUGACUGUUAUCGUUCCAAUCGCACCGGGAGAAUCCGAUGUGGAAUUUAUAGAGGAAGAGGACAUAUCAGAGUCAUCGGAGGAUGAAGACCACAAAGAUAAGAUAAGCCUUUCAGAAGGAAGCACGGUCGAUCUGAGGAAGCCGGGUGAGGAGCUGGACAAUUUAUCGGAGCUGGCCGAAGAGUGCAUGGAGCCGGAGGAAUGCUUCCCAGAAAUGUGUGUCAAACACUGCCAGUGCUGCGAUAUCAAUAUCAGCCAAGGUCUCGGCCAGGCGUGGUGGAGACUGAGAAAGACCUGCUACCAGAUUGUGGAACACAGCUGGUUUGAGACCUUCAUCAUUUUCAUGAUCCUGCUCAGCAGUGGAGCUCUGGCCUUCGAGGACAUCUACAUUGAGAAGAGAAAAGUCAUCAAAGUGAUUUUGGAGUAUUCGGACAAGGUGUUCUCCUACAUCUUUGUGCUGGAGAUGUUUCUUAAAUGGAUUGCUUACGGCUUCAAGAAGUAUUUCACCAACUACUGGUGCUGGCUUGACUUUCUCAUUGUGGAUAUCGCAACAGACCGCUCUAUUGUUAGGGUGUCCCUGAUAAGCCUGGUGGCAAACUCACUGGGUUAUUCCGACUUUUCUGCAAUCAAAUCCCUGAGGACGCUCCGGGCUUUGCGGCCUCUCAGAGCUCUAUCCAGAUUUGAGGGCAUGCGGGUGGUCGUGAAUGCUCUGAUUGGAGCCAUCCCCUCUAUCAUGAAUGUGCUGCUCGUGUGCCUCAUCUUUUGGCUCAUCUUCAGCAUCAUGGGAGUCAACCUGUUUGCGGGCAAGUUUGGAAAGUGCGUGAACAGAACCGGCUUCAUCCACAGUUUCCUCGUGGUCAACAACAAAUCAGACUGCAUGGCCAUGAAUGACACUCAGUACUACUGGACAAAGGUGAAGGUCAACUUUGACAACGUGGGACUGGGCUACCUUUCUCUUCUACAAGUGGCAACGUUUAAAGGUUGGAUGGAAAUAAUGCACGCGGCUGUUGAUUCAAGAGGGGUGGAGGAGCAACCCAUCAGAGAAAUCAACCUCUACAUGUAUCUUUACUUUGUCGUCUUCAUCAUAUUUGGUUCCUUCUUCACCCUCAACCUCUUCAUCGGAGUGAUUAUUGACAAUUUCAAUCAGCAGAAAAGAAAGUUAGGUGGACAGGAUAUUUUUAUGACUGAGGAACAGAAGAAAUACUACAAUGCUAUGAAGAAGUUAGGAAGUAAGAAGCCACAAAAGCCAAUACCGAGACCGACGAACAUUCUCCAAGCCUUCUUCUUCGAUCUGGUGUCCAAGCAAGCCUUCGAUAUCAUGAUCAUGAUGCUGAUCAUUGUCAACAUGCUCACGAUGAUGGUGGAGACGGACGAGCAGUCGGAGCGCAUGGAGUCCAUUCUCAACAAGAUCAAUUUGGUCUUCAUUGUGAUCUUUACGGCGGAAUGCCUGAUCAAGAUCUUUGCCCUCCGCUGUUAUUUCUUUACAGUUGCAUGGAACAUCUUUGAUUUUGUGGUGAUCAUCCUCUCCAUUGUGGGGAUCGUUCUGGCCGACAUUAUUGAAAAGUAUUUUGUAUCUCCGACCCUGUUUCGAGUCAUCCGCCUGGCGAGGAUCGGACGUGUACUCCGGCUGAUCCGCGCGGCCAAAGGAAUCAGGACUUUAUUGUUUGCCUUAAUGAUGUCCAUGCCGGCGCUGUUUAACAUCGGCCUCCUGCUUUUCCUCGUCAUGUUCAUCUACGCUAUCUUUGGCAUGGCAAACUUCGCCUACGUGAAAAAACAAGACGGAAUCGACGACAUGUUCAACUUCGAGACCUUUGGGAAUAGCAUGAUCUGCCUUUUCCAGAUCAGCACCUCGGCCGGCUGGGACAACCUCCUGAGCCCGAUCAUGUCCAGCUCCCCGGAUGAGUGCAACGUUAAUUUUGUCAAUACGGGCACAAACACCCGAGGGAACUGCGGCAGCCCCUCCGUGGGCAUCGCUUUCUUUGUAAGCUACAUCAUCAUCUCUUUCCUCAUUGUGGUCAAUAUGUACAUCGCCAUCAUUCUGGAGAACUUCAGCGUCGCCACGGAGGAGAGUACAGAUCCGCUGAGCGAAGAUGACUUUGAGAUGUUUUACGAGGUCUGGGAGAAGUUCGACUCGGAGGCCACGCAGUUCAUCGAGUUCUCCGCGCUGUGCAGCUUUGCGGACACUCUGUCGGAGCCGCUGCGCAUCGCCAAGCCCAAUAAGCUCAAACUGAUCUCCAUGGACCUCCCCAUGGUCAGUGGCAAUAGAAUCCACUGCCUGGAUAUCUUGUUUGCCUUCACCAAGCGAGUGCUGGGAGAGUCGGGGGAGAUGGAUGCCCUCAAACAGCAAAUGGAGGAGAAGUUCAUGACGACCAACCCUUCCAAGGUUUCCCACGAGCCCAUCACUUCCACGCUGCGGCACAAGCUGGAGGAGGUGUCGGCCAUCAUCAUUCAGAGGUGUUACAGGAGGCAUCUGGUGCGCCGGCAGAUGAAGCAGGCCUCUUACCUCUACAGACAAAUCAACUAUGAGUCGGUCGUAGAUGUGGAAAACGCUCCGGAGACAGAGGGGCUCAUAGCAACUAUGAUCCAUCACUACGGGCCCGCGGGAGGGCAAUUUUUAGAGACAACGGAGGGCUCGCUAAUGUCCUCGCCACCUUCUUAUGACAGCGUGACCAGGGCGGCCGGUGACCUUUCGGAUGUCAUCGGAUUAGCCGCGGACUCUGAACUGGGGGAUCUUUGUGAAAACUACGAGGAAACUUUUCUUUGAGGUCAGUUUAAGAGGGGUGUGUUUGUGGGGUUAUUAUUAGUUUUUUUUCCCCCUGCAAAAAUACGCUUCAAGCCAUUUAGGGUCAAGGAGAUUUGCCUGUUUUAAUCGGAAUCAUGCAAAAGUUUAGAAUGUGUUUGAAAUGAGCAGAUUGUCAUAUUGAAACCGUGGUGGGGAGGUUGAGGGCCUUACUUCCGGAGAUACUGCCGAAAUGUUCUUUUGUUUAAACAAUGCCUGGGAGCAACUGAUUGAAUGACGUUCACUACUCAAAAAAGGGAUGCAGACCGGGCGUGAGAUUCCGUUAGAUGGCCAAUUGAUAUGACAGAAUUAUUUCCAUGUUCAUACAUGUUGUGACAUUUGUGUUUGGUGGCGUGCGGUAACAUUUUUCUUUUGUAAAUGGGUGCCUUGGCUCAACGAAGGUUGGGAAACACUGUCGAUGUGCAUCAUACUGAUAGGUCAUGAGGUCAAGUUGCUCACCGAAAUAUUACAAACACCUCUCAGUAGGAAAAAGUACAGGUUGAGAAUCAAGACAAUCGUUUGGUUUGUGAUAUUUUCAUUUCAUUUUUUUUCUACUGCUUUGUCCAUGCGGUGCAGCACUGUUUGUUUAUUAGUUAGUCUUAUUUUAUUCGUUAGUCUAUUUUAGAGAUCACAAUGCUUUGUAGAGUAAUUAGCGACAAGCUAAAAGCUGAUUAAAUCAGAUGCUGCCAAUUGAGCAAUAUAGAGAACGUUGUACUUUGUCGUUAUUUUCCAUUCUUUUAAUGGAUGUGUUCUUUCUUUCUUCAAUACGCCAAACUUUGGCAUUCUCGCCCAGGCAGCGCACUGCAGCAUUGCAGCAAACAAUGGGCCGAGGAACAAUCACCAAAAAAAAAAAAAGGACAAAUGCGGACAUUGUGGCUCUGCGGCCACCUUGAUUUAAUAGAAAAAUGGAAUCUGUUUUGAAGUCAGUUGUUUCCUGCCCUUGUUGCAAUGUAAAAAAAAAAAAAAAACACCCGAACUGUUCAAAAUGAAACAUGUAUGCAAGCAUAACAAAUGAACUGAAUGAUGAUUAAUUACUGAAUAAAAAACCUGGGUGCGCAUUUUAUAGAGCCCUCAGUCAAAUGACACGCUUUAUACUGUCUACUGCACAAAUAGACUCCAAAGACAAUCUCUUUCAAAUGGAUUCCAUGAACAACCAAAACAGAAAUCCAAUGAAAUGGUCUUCAUCAGAAUUUUUGUCUCCCAAAGCAGUUUGAUUUUCUCUCGCUAUGCACAUCACGAGCUCAGUUCGUGUGCCCAAUACAAAGAAGAUCAGGGUGUAAAAAAAAUCCGAAAGCAUGUGCCUGAUUUUGAUUUUCUGUCCGCACACUUCUCUGAAUCUCUUUAAGACCGUUUUAUUGGACCGUUGGAUGCAGCUGCGGGAGAAGCAUGGAUGACAUUAAGAAUUAAUUUUGUAAUAUUAAUCAUGUAAAAAAAAAAAAAAAACAGCAGUUGUACAUGUAAAGGACAUUUGUAAUAAUUUUGUAAUUAAACUAAUGUGUACUAUGUGUAUAUAAAUAACACUUAAGUGACAUGCAUGGCUGUCACAUAACAUCAUCAGAUUAUAUACAUACAUUCUGUUCAUAUCAUGCUGAUUUUUCUAUAUUUUCCUUGCUUGUUUGUAUUGCAUUUAGGUUGUAUCGACUAAAUGUAAUAAAACAUCUUUUCCA